AUGGAGUUGGAAAGCAUACUCCAGUUCAUUCAGAACAAGAACAUUUUGGUCACUGGUGCCACUGGCUUUCUAGCAAAGAUUUUUGUGGAGAAGAUACUGAGGGUUCAACCAAAUGUGAAGAAGCUCUAUCUUCUAUUAAGAGCUGCAGAUACAAAAUCAGCCACACAGCGUUUGCAUAAUGAGAUAAUUGGGAAGGACCUUUUUAGAGUGUUGAGGGAAAAAUGGGGAGCAGGUAUGAACUCCAUUGUCUCAGAAAAGCUGACAGUGGUGCCUGGGGACAUUUCUCAUGAGGACUUGGGCUUGAAAGAUUCAAACUUGAGAGAAGAGAUGUUGAGCCAGAUAGAUGUCAUUGUGAACUUAGCUGCAACUACCAACUUUGAUGAAAGAUAUGAUGUUGCACUUGAUAUCAAUACUUUGGGAGCAAAGCAUGUUUUGAACUUUGCUAAGCAAUGUUUUAAAUUAAAGGUGCUGGUCCACGUAUCCACAGCUUAUGUUUGUGGUGAGAAGGACGGGCUUUUAUUGGAAAACCCUUACCACAUGGGUGAGACGCUUAAUGGGACCUCAGGACUUGAUAUCGAUAGUGAAAUCAGGCAGGUCCAGGAAAAACUCAGAGAGCUUCGAGCGGAGGGAUUAACAGAACAAGCAAUCACGUCGGCCCUCAAAGAUUUUGGCCUCAAAAGAGCUAAUAUCUAUGGAUGGCCAAACACAUAUGUAUUUACGAAGGCAAUAGGCGAGAUGCUUAUAGGAGACCUAAAAGAAAAUCUACCUCUGGUCAUUUUACGGCCAACCAUCAUCACCAGCACUUACAAAGAACCUUUUCCUGGUUGGGUUGAAGGAAUCAGAACCAUCGAUAGCCUUGCAGUUGGUUAUGGCAAAGGAAAAUUAACAUUCUUUCUCUGCGACAUUAAUGCAAUUGCUGACGUGGUACCUGCUGACAUGGUGGUGAAUGCAAUAAUUGCGGCAAUGGCUGCUCAUGCAAAUCAACCUGGUGAAGUAAUUUAUCAAGUGGGAUCCUCUAUGAGAAAUCCUGUAAAAUACUCCAAUUUUCAGGAUUAUGGAUUCCGUUUCUUCACCAAGAAGCCAUGGAUUAAUAAAGAUGGAACUCCAGUGAAAGUUAGCAAGGUCGCAAUUAUGGGAAGCAUGACUACCUUUCACCGAUACAUGACUAUCCGUUACUUACUAUUACUAAAGGGAUUGGAGGUGGUUAAUACAGCAUUUUGCCAGUACUUCAAGGGCACGUAUGUGGAUCUCAAUCGAAAGAUCAAAUUUGUGAUGAGAUUGGUGGAACUUUAUAGACCAUACUUGUUUUUCAAAGGAGUCUUCGAUGAUAUGAACACAUUGAAGUUGCAAAUGGCAGUGCGAGAAAACACCACAGAGGCAGACAUGUUUUACUUUGAUCCCAGCUGCAUAAAUUGGGACGAUUACUUCAUGAAUAUCCAUCUUCCUGGGGUUGUCAAAUACGUUUUCAAAUGA